GAAGGGUGACGCACUUCCGGCGCGCCGGUUGAUGGGAGGUGGCAGGGCGCCAUGCCCGCUGGUGUGCCCUGGUCUACGUAUCUGAAGACGCUGGCUGCCAGCAUGCUGGCUAUGUUCGCAGGAGCCGAGGUGGUGCACCGGUACUACCGGCCUGACCUCAGUAUACCUGAAAUACCUCCUAAGCCGGGAGAGCUGAGAACAGAGCUGUUGGGUCUGAAAGCAAGAUCAAAAAAAGCUGAAACAUCGCAGCAUUGACUGCAGUUUGUUUUUUGUGUUUUGAAAACGACAUGUGUUGCUCUAAAAGUAAUGCCUAUUUCUUGUCCUAUUUAUUUCCAUGGAAACCUCAACCGAUACGAAAAGCACAAUAAGACUAUGUGAUUGAGCAAAUUCCCAGCUACAAAACGCUAUUUCUCAACGUAGUCAUCACCGUUAGCCAGUUUGUGUGGAUGAGCUGAUGGAGGCACUCUUCAUUUCAUGCUGUGACAGUUGCGUGUAGCUAUCCAGAAUGUGGCAUGUCUUUCUCGUCGCUGUUGCUACUGCUGAAGCACACCACCCACCACCUCACUGUGCUCACAUCCAUAGGUUGGUCUCCAUAACCAUUUGUGAGUGUUGAUGGAUGUCAGCGGGUGCAUUUUUUUCCACAUGGAGGAAUUCAGUGACACACCUUUGCUUCAUACGUGCUUCCAUGUCAGAAGCUAUUGUGUCAGACUGCCCCUCUGCUGUCAUCUGUUGCAGGGCAACAAAAUGUAACAGAACACUGAUGAGAAGGUUCAACCUCUGCUGCUAUAUCACCAACAGCUGCCUCUGACGUCACGGACCAACAGAACACAGGAGGCAUUACUUUUGGAGCAGCCCUCAUAGAACAUUUGUUCAGUUCUCUCAACUGCAGAAGUCCAUAUGUGAAAUACUUAAGCUUUUUUUUUCUUUCUUGAAAGUAGAAUUAGGUGCAACAUAUAUUAAAAAUAAACUUAUUAUGAAUACUGUUAAAAGUGCAAUAUGUUCUAUACCAAAAUAUGUAUGAUUCGGUUUAAUCCUUAUUUGCAGUGUAAAUAUCCUCCAGAAUAAAAUAUGUGAACUUGUGCUUGGCCAAACCAAA